CAAAAUGCUGACACGCCGAGCUCAAAAGGUUCACCAUCACUGCACUAGAACCAUCUAUUCUAGAACCAUCUUAUUUUGAUGGUUAUUUAAUUGAAUGAAAGACAUCUACUUAAAGCAUAGAUACAACAUACUGUAAUGUCAGAAUCAUAACAAGAUUUAAGAAAUACAAUUACUAUCUUUAAGAGUUUCGUGGCCAUCCCAGAAAAGCUUUAAAGCAAGAAUGAGUAGUGCUGGACCAGAGGUCAAAAGCAUCUUUUGGCUGAUGACAUUGUCAUUUUGGACUGUGGUAAGGAACCUGGAUCAUUUUUAAAGAAGGGCAGGUCUUGACCUCUCUCUGUUUUUCUGUUAGGAUCUCAGCUGUUCUCUUAAUAUAAAAGCCACUUCUAGGUUGCCUUCACAAUAAGGGCCUCAACUACUGGACUCCACACGCUGUCUUGGCACUGUAAUGUGACCCUUCAAGGCCUUUUGAUGAACUUGGAUGUGAACCAUGGUUUUUAAAAAGAGAGAGAGAAAAUUUCUGCCAUGUUUGAAAUACUGGCUUACAGCCGGGGAUUGGGGCAUUCAAUUCAGUGAUAAGCCAGUGUUAUCUUUGGGGAGGAUCACAGCUUCCCCUAAAACCGAGAGACAAGCUUGUGCCCAAUCAGGGUAACAAAGUAUGACCGAGAGAGCCAUGUAGUAAUUAUUCUUUAUCCCACGAAGAACCGGGAGAUUUGUGUCCUGUUUCCGUCCCUAUGCUGCCGUAUAGUGAAAGCAACAGGAAAUUUAGAGACAAAGGGGCCUGAUCUUGGUCUUAGCCCAGGACCAGGUCGGAGAUCACGGACACAAGGAUGUUCUGUGCUUUCCUUCAAUGCAGGGUGUAUCGGGACUGGUUGAACUCAAGUAUGAACCAUUGAUUCAUAUUUAAUGAAAGACGCACAAAUAUUUAACUUCGGGCCAACUUUUAUGAAAAUCUUAUUUCACACACAUUAACACGACAGCUACGAUUUUGGUGCACAGAAACGUAUUCCCACUCCGCCUUUGGGAAAACGCCCGUAAUGUGUAAAGCGAGGUCAACCGUCCCAGUGGGCACCGCCCCUCCUUAGCUCCCCGCCCACCGAGGUCCCGGGGCCUUGCUAUUGGUUCCCUUCCUUGCGCCGUCCGUUGCCGUGGAGACCAAGGCUAUGGCAACCAGGAGAAGCCAAACUUGCUCAUCCCUUCGCUACCGCCAAGGGGUCUAGAGUCUCGACUCUAGGGGUGCGGACUCGCUCGGCGCUGUGCUCAUGGCGCUCUACGAGCUCUUCUCUCAGCCGGUCGAGCGCGGCUACCGCGCGGGGCUGUGCUCCAAGGCCGCGCUGUUCCUGCUGCUGGCCACCCACCGCCUUCCCGCCCUUUUCACCUCAGGGUUUUGGCUGAAGCGAAGCAGCUACGAGGAGCAGCCGACUGUGCGCUUCCAGCACCAGGUACUGCUCCUGGCCCUGCUAGGACCCGAGCGCGGCGGGUUCCUCGCCUGGAGCACGUUCCCCGCCUUCAACCGGCUGCAGGGGGAUCAUCUGCGCGUCCCGCUCAUUUCGACUAGAGAAGAAGACAGAAACCAGGACGGGAAAAUGGACAUGUUACAUUUUAAACUGGAGCUUCCCCUGCAGUCCACGGAGCAUGUUCUUGGUGUGCAACUCAUCUUGACUUUCUCCUACCAAUUGCAUAGGAUGUCAACCUUCGUGAUGCAGAGCAUGGCAUUUCUUCAAUCCUCCUUCGCUAUUCCGGGGUCCCAGUUAUAUGUGAACGGAGACCUGAGGCUGCAGCAGAAGCAGCCCCUAAGCUAUGAUGGCCUAGACGUGCGAUACAACGUGUCUGUCAUCAACGGAACCAGUCCUUUUGCCUAUGACUAUGACCUCACGCAUAUUGUUGCUGCCUAUCAAGAAAGGAACAUAACCACCAUCCUGACUGUCCCCAACCCCAUCUGGCUGGUCGGAAGGGCUGCCGAAGCUCCAUUUGUGAUUAAUGCUGUCAUCAGAUACCCUGUGGAAGUCAUUUCUUAUCUACCAGGAUUCUGGGAAAUUAUAAAGUUUGCCUGGAUCCAGUAUGUCAGUAUCUUACUUAUCUUCCUCUGGGUGUUUGAAAGAAUAAAAAGAUUUGUGUUUCAAAAUCAAGUGGUCACCACAAUCCCUGUAACAGCAAUGCCCCAGGGAGAACUCUAUAAGCAGCACUUGUCGUAAGAAGACCAUGACUCUAAGCAGGACCUGGCUACCUCAUGUUGUCUUCUGAGAACUGCCACCUUAGGACACUUCUGAAAAGGGCCAUGGGCAUGUGCCAGCAUGUGUGUUUUUCCUACCAGCGACAAAGAAGAAUUCUUUCUAAUUUUUCUCUACACAAAUUCCAUAUCUUCUAAGUGCCUACCAAAAUCAUCAGAGACUAGUUUGUGGGAAGGUCUGAAAAGGCUAUAAUUUGUUCUCCCGCCCCCCUUUUUUUGCCCUAGACUUGAAUUUUAAGAGAAAACUAUAAUCAAUUGAGACAUGUUGGAAAGAGUAUCACCUCUAGUCAAGCAGACUUUUGCUUCCUUGAACCAAGAAACAUGCUAUGCAUUUCUUCCCCCGAUUGUAAAGCACUUUUGACUCUUUUCAGGGCUCUCAGAACAGAUAUGCAAAUCAUUAGCAUUUCCCCCAUUCAGAACUUUGAUUUCCAGAACUGAGAGGCCUUUAACUGGAGAACUAGAGAGAGAGGGAGUGCUCAAGAACAUGUGUGUGCCCCCACGUGAGGGUGGGCAACUUGAGGACACUAGGACCAUCCACCUGCCCUCAGUCUAACAGACAUCUUCUGUCAUCAGCUCAGCUGAAAAGCCCUUUAUCCUGCCCUUAUGUGGCUGGCUCUUUUCCCUGCCUUUUGCUCUCUGUCUGUGCCCCUGGAGUAGCAGGCUGAAGUCAGAAGUGCUGUUUUCAUUCACAAUCCUCUGGGCAACUGUGUGGGGAAUAAGGAUUGUAACUUUUUUUCUCUCUGGCCCUCACCCAACAGCCUGGACACUUGCCACUCCUCCUUCUCGACAGCCUCUCCCCCUUCCUGAAAAGGACAUGGGUGACAGAGGACCUGUUGUUGGUAUUGGCUCCCUGCCCAACAACCAGAGUUUAUUUGGAGGGCUAGCGGGAAGCCCAGCUCCUUGUAUUUCCCUUGACUAAGGAACAGGGUGCCCAUCGGAGCAGGCUGCUUUGGGAGGGACGCAAGGAGCAGUGCGGGGAGAAAGAGGAUGCUAGCCCCCGCAGCUCAGUCCAGCCUGGCCCAGAGCAGAAUGGCGGGCAGUCCAGUCAGAUGACGCUCAUGACUAAGCGAGUGUCUGCAGGAGAAGAGUGCUGGGACAGGUCUUUGUUACACACAGAGACUGAUUUCUUUUCGUCCUAAGAAAACAUGGGGUUCCUCAGAGGAUGGAUAGAUCUGCUUUAUGAUCCCGAGAUGUCAUUGGUACUGAAAGGACACACCCACUAUGACCUGUGCUUCAGGCCCAUUCAUAAACACACACGUCAGUGUGUGCCUCAGUUUACCUUGGAGAUUCAGUUUUUAUUUCCAAACCACCUUUUCUUUCAGGCUGACUAAAAUAAGUAUUUUGGAAACAAAGCUAUUUUGAAGUGUUCAAGCACACAAAAUCCUAACAGUGGCCCCUCUGGUUUUUCUUUUAAACUUUAGGACUGCUUAUUUAUAUGUCUAAAAUUUUUUUGAGAUUUCAAUCAAUGAAAAUUGGUUGCUGAAUUUUCUGAAUUACAAAAAGAUAAGGAGAUAUGGAAA